CUCACUAUUCUUACAAAAUGAAAUUAAUAGUUCUCGGUCUACUUUAUUUGCUCUGGGCUGUCGCAUUGGCAGAUGAUCCUGAGGACCCAUCAGAUGAGGUUGAUGGAGAUGAGAUUGACGAUGAAGAUGAGAUUGACGAUGAAGACGAGAUUUCCGGGACUGAAUUCAUCGAUCAUUCACAGCCAUGGCCAGUAUCGUUUUUCUACGUUGAAGAUCCAUUUGUACUAUCAAUCACUAGAAAGCUCAAUUGGUUUGAGGCGACCGCAGCCUGUGCUGCGAGAGACUUCUCCUUAGUCUCCAUUGGAAGUUUAAGCAAGCAGAGACUGCUGUAUAACACUAUUAUUAAAUCUGGUCUUCAGUAUCAAAUGAACGAGCCAGUCUGGACUUCAGGAUCCAAUUUGGCAAAUCAUGCCGUGUGGAGCUGGUAUUCAACUGGAAGAUUUUUCACCUACCGCAAUUUCCAGGAUCAGAAUGUUUAUGCUGAAGAUCGUUGCAUGGCUUAUAACACACUCAGCGGUCGUUGGACCGCCGAACUUUGCACUGCCAAACGUUAUUUCAUUUGCGAGUGUGCCUAAAAUAUGAAUAUUUAGUUUACGAAUACAAAA